UUCUCAACUUACUCAUCUAGAACUUAAAAUCCAUGAAGAGUCCAGUUUCUUGGGAUCGGACAACCAGGCGCUCAAUCAAUUUUGUCUCCCGGCUUUAACUCAUUUGACCAUAUGGUCUUACAGUAGAUUUCAAUUCAUGCACAGCUUUUCCAAUUGCAAAAAACUUCGCCAUCUCACCUUUUAUUACCAUGUAGAUUAUGACUCGGAUCAUGAUCCAGAUAAUCAGAGAGCUACAUUAUUGGCACUUCCUGACUUCAUCACCGGCAACGAGUUUCUUAAUCUCAAGAAGUUUACUAUAAAGAUAGAAGAAGAGACGCGACUUGAAGACGAUCUGCAUGAUGUAGUGACUAAAUUGAGAAAGUUCUGUAAAUCUAAUAAUAUCAGAUUCAAGGUUUUUCGGUUUGACGCCAAUGAGAAGCUUUUUUUACAUGAUGCAAUACCCUUCAGACCCUAAGAUUCAACUUUAAAUCUAAUUCAAUUGAUUGCAAUAAACAUAAUGCUUACGGCUGAAAAGGUUUAAAGGUCUUCCCUUGAAUCACUUUGAAGAUGUCAAUAUAGAUAAUAAACAAAAGCAAAUCAUAUGCUUUGUGAUCUUUUCACACUUUGAUCUCAAGUGUAAACAGCUGCUAUCUGCCUCUCUUUAGUGCUGUGUGAAAAGGUUGUAAUGGGUCGUGGCUCUGUGGGCGCGUAUCACUCUUAUUUCUGAGAAUUGAUAGGGUAUCACUUAGAGAUUUGAUUCCUCCCAUAUCUUUCAAGGUUUAAAUUAUGCAUAUCUUUUGAUG